CUGGUGCGGUGAGUAUAGUGGGUGGUGGUAGCAGCAGUGGUAGCAGGGCCCUCCCUCUGUCUCUGCAGAUAAAUACUCGCAGCCUGCCUAUUCCAGGCAUGGAUGACGGUUGCACCCAGACAUGGCACUGCGACAUUAUACUCUCGACUUCAACCUCUCUACGGCAGCUGACCCUGCUAAGACCGUUCCCGAUCUACUGUCCAUAUUUAAUGAGCAGGAAAUGACAGAGACUGUCCAUGACACAAAUGGGCAUGGAUACCUUGCGACUCUCGUUGGCAAGAAUGGGCGGCUUGCUAUUCUGCGUGUGCACUCCCAUGGUUUGGUGACCAUUGAUCUGCAGUGUUACGAAGAGGAUAACAUUGCACAACUAGACAAUCUUUUAAAUGCACUGGAAAAGGAGCUGAAGGUUCUCUUAAAUGGCAAUAUUACGAGAGUUAAAAGGCUCCCAGCCCUCGUACGAGGAGCGAAGAUUGACCGAUACCUGCCCACAACUGACAAAAGAAUGAUUGAGUACGACAUUGACCAGGUGGUGUAUGAAGAAGAUUCUGAAUACCAAAACAUAAAAAUAUUGCACUCGCAACAGUUUGGAAAUAUCCUCGUACUCAAUGACGACAUCAACCUGGCAGAGAGCGAUUUUGCCUACACCCAAGCCAUCAUCGGUAGCGGAAAAGAGAAUUAUGCUGGAAAAGAGGUGCUGAUAUUAGGAGGAGGCGACGGAGGCAUCCUUGCCGAGCUGGUCAAACAAAAGCCAAAGAUGAUCACCAUGUUGGAGAUUGACCAGAAGGUGAUAGAUGGGUGCAAAACACACAUGAGACGAACUUGCGGCAAUAUCCUUGAUAACCUGAAGGGAGACUGUUACCAAAUACUAGUUGAGGACUGUGUCCCUGUGCUGAAGAAGUAUGUCCAGGAAGGAAGGAUGUUUGACUACGUUAUUAAUGACCUCACUGCAGUCCCGAUAUCCACGGAGCCAGAAGAAGACUCUACGUGGGAUUUCCUGCGUCUCAUCUUAGAUCUGUCGAUAAAAGUCCUGCAUCCCUCUGGGAAAUAUUUCACACAGGGUAACAGCGCGAACAUGACAGAAGCACUGAGUCUGUAUGAGGAACAGCUGGGAAAACUCUCAUGUCUGGUGGACUUCUCCAAAGAGGUGGUGUGUGUGCCCUCCUACCUGGAGCUAUGGGUUUUCUACACCGUGUGGAAGAAGUAAAGACCACCAGUCUCUCUGCUUGAGUCCCCAGCGGCUGGAAUGUUAACGCUUCUGCCCUUCUCUGCUGUAGGCCCAAGGGGUGUGUUCAGACUGAAUGUGACAAGAAAAUUAGAGGCAACACAAAGCUUGGUUAGAUGCAUUGUUGUGGCGCCUUGAAAAGGGAGUGGAUCGGGAGAAAUAUUACAAAACAAUUCGCAAUUUUACUUGUACUUCAUACUUCAACAGGGAAAUCUCCCUCACAAGGCAGUCUGUGCUUGUUGUUAUUGAGCUUCAGCUAACUGACUGACUACACGCAACGGUACUUUAAUUGGGUGUUUUGGUUCACAAGCCAUGGACUUAAAAAAAAACACUCCAGCUGUCUGGGUUUGUGUUCCUGGGAGAUGUAAAUGUCCCGGACAAAUUGGAGGAAUUCCAGUCCAGAGUUAUGUGUUUACUGAGCUUAAAAAACGCUUUCAAGUAGACCGCUGAUGCUGUGCAUCAACAACCCAAUGUCAGUGUUUGACGACCUGGCAGUGAUACUCAACAGCCUCCACCUUCAAUGCAAUUCAAAACUGUGCUUAGUGGGAAUUAUUUUAUGACCAGGGAGAUUUAAAUAAGUCAGACUUCAACAGAUUUUCCCAGUAAAAUAAAUGUAAUUACCAGAGAUCCUGGUGGUCAAGUUUCUCUGAAUAAAUCAAGAUGAAAAUGGACUUUGUGCUCAGUCUGAACACACCCUCAGGGGCACAAUAAUGAUUUUAUGAUCCCCACUCUAUGAACCCCAUCCAACUCUUAUCCUCCUAUCCUCUUCCUGUUUUAGUUGUGUUUUACCAUGUUUUGCUCAACUUAUCAGUUGUAUCUGGUUUGUGUUGAUUUCGAAUGUCCAUUUGCAUGUACUCUGAAGGAACUGUUAGAUGUUUGAACAGUGAAUUGAUACACUGAUGUUGUGUAACUCCUCUUACAAAAGGCGUGUGUCCUCUUGUUUCCUUUUUAGGUUGUUUUUCUUUACUUUUGAGUUAUGAGCUCAAAUGGUGUGAUAGGGCAAUCUAUAGGCUCAGCACAGCUGAAUUGAGUUGCUUUUAAGCUCUGUAUUUUUUGUUACUCCCUCUCAAAUGUGACUUGAUUUUUUCAGGUUGUAUCGAGACAAUGUGAUCCUGUCCAGUAAGACCAACGUGUUUGAGUCCAAAUGUGUUUUUAAAAGGGAAACGAUUCCACCACUUUAAUGCCACCUCUGUGCUUGUGCUGUUUAUAUGGCAUGUUUUAUUAGCACCUUUGUUUUCUCCUGAUAUAUUUUAAGUUUUUUAAGACUAUUAGGUGCAUGUAAAGGACAGUGAAUGUAGCUUGCAUAUAAAGUACACAGCACGUCUAUGCGUGAUGGACCCUGUGGGACUGAGUUACAUUUAUUUAUUCAAUAUAAUUUCACCAAAUGCUGUUAUGUCCCACAUGAGAUCAUUUUUGUGACCAUCUGCAAUUAAACUGUUCUUGGGGGGAAAAUG